UCACUUAUAAUCAACCCUUUUUAUUCUCAUUCUUUCCCCCAAAACCAAAAGAAUAUUCCUAAUUCUUAAUUCCCCUUCCCCUUGCCAAAAAAAAAAUGGACCCUCGUCGACCCCCUCCAAACAGAUCCAUAAUCGACCCCAAAAUCCGCCAAGUUGGUUUCAACUUCUCUUCUCUCACUCCUCAAACUCAAUCUCAGUCUCAUUCUCUCUCCACCACCACCACCGCCACCGUUGCCGCCGCCGGAAAUUCGAGUCUCUCUCCUGUAAUGAUCCCUCUUCCGCCUUUUCCCGCCGCCGACGCUUCCUCUUCUCUCCCUAUUGCCGCCGCCGCCGCACGCCGAUUUCACGACGAUUCUAACUCGUUUCUCACCGCUUCUUCGCCUGAUUCAACUCAGCUAGAUUUUUCCGAUGAGUGGCUUCGGAGUAGUUCUGGGAAAUAUAGUCUUGCGUUUGAUAUGUCAGGGGUUAAUUCCCCUGUUGCUCAACAAUCUACUCAGGAGCCGGAGGAUGCUGGAUUUAAUCAGAUUGAUCAUGAGAAGGGAGCAAAUAUAUCAGAAGUACAUGUGUCACACGAGGAAGUGAAGCCGGCUUCAAAACCUUUGAAGGAAAAAACCAGCAAAGCUGAAAGGCGUGCUUUACAAGAGGCUCAGAGAGCUGCGAAAUCUGCUAAAAAAGGUGUGGCUCCUGGACCUCCAGCUCAUGUCACUGAAAAACCUACUAAAGCAUCUAAGCAGCCUCCACAAAAGAAAGAUGUUCGUCCAGCACCAUCCUCAUUGGCAGUUUCUGAAAUGAAAGUGGGUGAUCGGCCAUCGGAAAAAGACAAGAAGAAGGAUAUCCCCCCUCCUCGGAUGCAGUAUGAUGACACGAGCAGAGUUGAAAAGGCUAAAAAGCGUUCUGUCGUCAAACAAACUGAAGCUAGAAACAGAGUGGAGCUGUUUCGGCAUUUGCCCCAGUAUGAAUAUGGAAACCAGCUCCAUGAUCUUGAGUCAAAAUUUUUCAAUCUUGAUUCAGUUCAUCCUGCUGUGCACAAGGUUGGUUUGCAAUAUUUGACGGGUAAUAUAUGUGGAAGUAAUGCACGAUGUAUUAUGAUGCUCUAUGCUUUUAGAGAAGCCAUUGAAGACUACCACACCCCAGCAGAUAAAUUUUUGAGUAGAGAUCUAACUGCAAGGAUCAGUGGCUAUGUGUCGUAUCUGAAUGAAUGCAGGCCCAUCUCUAUCAGUAUGGGUAAUGCAAUAAGGUUUCUAAAGACUCGCAUUGCCAAGUUGCCUUCAAGUCUUUCUGAAUCAGACACAAAAGCGGCUUUAGCUUCAGAUAUUGAUCGUUACAUUAAUGAAAAAAUAAUAGCAGCAGACAAGGUUAUUAUGCAACAGGCUGCCACAAAAGUCAGGGACGGUGAUGUUCUUCUUACUUAUGGUUGCUCCAGUGUUGUCGAAAUGGUAUUGAUUUAUGCCCAUGAACUUGGGAAAAGGUUCCGUGUUGUCAUAGUUGAUUCAAGGCCGAAGUUUGAAGGACAAGGUUUGCUUCGCAGGCUAGUUGCCAAAGGGUUGAGCUGUACAUACACCCAUAUUAAUGCUGUUUCCUAUGUCAUGCAUGAAGUCACAAGAGUUCUCUUAGGCGCUGCUUCCGUAUUGUCUAAUGGAAUUGUUUAUUCAAGAAUUGGAACUGCAUGUGUUGCUAUGGUUGCUCAUUCAUUCCGUGUUCCAGUAUUAGUUUGCUGUGAAGCCUACAAGUUUCAUGAGAGAGUCCUGCUUGAUUCUAUAUGUGCCAAUGAACUUGGUGAUCCUAAUGUCAUAUCGAAGGUACCUGGUAGAAAGGAUGUAAAUUAUUUGGAUGAAUGGAUGAAUAAGGAAAACUUGCAACUCCUAAAUUUACUUUAUGAUGCUACUCCCUCAGAUUACAUAUCAUUGAUUGUCACUGACUACGGCAUGGUUCCACCUACAAGUGUGCCAGUAAUUGUGCGUGAAUAUGGGAAAGAACACCUAUACUAAUGUGCAGAUUAUUGGUGGUUGAAUACGUGUUGAUAUUAUCAAGGCUAACUUAUGUAAAGGCGUUUUGUUGGUCUUUUUCACUGUCUCAAAUCUGUUAUACGACUGGAGUACAUUUAUACUCUUCCACACCAAAUAGUUUUGAUCCCAGUAUUCUUAGACACAAUUUGUCCUCAAUGUACUCCCUUGAACUUGUGUAGAAUGGUUUAGCUCGACUAGAAUAAUAUAUCACAAUUUGAGCAUGAA